AUGGCUGUGCCUGAUUCUGUGAACCUACGGAACCUCUCGGGGACAUACAACCUUAAUAAGAGUCUGUCAGAUUCGACCGAUGCAACCUUACAGAUGCAAGGCAUAGGCUGGAUAGUUCGUCAAGCUGUCAAAUUCUCGAACGUUACGCUCCUCGUCAAGCAGUUCGUCGACGAAAACGGCCUCAUGCAUAUAGACAACGAACAGAUUACGACUGGAAACAUUCGCAACCUCGAGGAACGCAUAAUAGACUACCAAUGGCGGGAAAAAGACGACAGGGUAUUUGGAAAAGUCAACGGACGCUCACGCUAUGUCAAGCUGGAUGAGAUAGAGACCGACUACCUCAAGCAAGGCUGGGACGAACAGUUCCUUGCCCAGAGUGAGAACGAGGUUGUUCAGGUCUUUGUUGAUAGUGUAGGCAAGAAACCGAACUGGGAAGCAGAACAGGUCUGGGGUUUCGAAAUAGUGGACGGCCAGAAACGACACACAAGGCGUAUAGUCGUCAGAAAGGGCAAGGAGGAGCAUCACAUUCGCUUGGUGUACGACUGGAUCGAGGAGAAGGACAAGGAUGCGGAUUUGGCCUAUUGA